AUGCGAUUCUUGAAGGUUGUUCAAGAAAAAGAUCCGGGUCGAUUAGAGGCUUCUACCGACAGAUUAUACGAAGCAAUCUUUGAGAAUAAAGUGAAAGUAGCCGACAACCCAUCAGGAGUCUUAGGAUCAUUAUCACCAAGCGUAUUAGAUGCCUCUAGGGUAGAGGAGUAUCGACAACAGUCGAGCAGUGAGGAGACGAAGGAGAAGGUCAAACGGGACGCCGAGCGACUUGUCGAGGAGGGCGCGUUCGGCUUUCCUUGGAUCGAGGUAUCUAGGCCGGAUGGUCAACGAUUGACGAUCUUCGGCUCGGAUAGAUUUGAAUUCUUGGCCGAUUGGUUUGCGCGGUUUUCUUUCCCUCCCCUUUGAAAUCCGCCUCAUGCUGACUUCUCUUCUGUCUUAAUCAUUCUUUGUCUCAUCACCUUCCCUACCCAACUCGCCUGAUGCUUUUGAAUCGAUCAAGGCUUGGCCAAGAAUGGAAAGGAC